CUCUACUAUCGAUAAGUAUCGAUGGAGUAAAAUAUCGAUAGUUCUCCGUCUCUACUCUCAGGCGUCGCUUUGCGACAGGUUUCUGUCAAUGCCUUGCAUGAAAACGACAUGGCAUUUACGUUGUGGACACUUUUCGAAGCGACUUUAUUAUGCUUGAAUGCAGUUUGCGUUUUAAAUGAGGAAAGGUUUCUCGCCAAGGUUGGCUGGGCGUCAUGGCAGAAUGUACAAGGAUUUGGUGAACCUCCUACUGCUAAAACACAAAUAUUGAAUCUUAUUAAGUCAAUACGAACUGUAAUGAAAGUUCCACUGAUAUUCUUCAACAUCUUGACAAUAAUCGUGAAACUUAUAUUAGGGUAGUACAUAAGAAUUACAGUAUAGGUAUACAAAUGAAAUAUUGUCUAUAAACCAAAUUAUCGAAUAAUGUCUGUACAACUUAUUAAAUUAUAUUUACUUUUUUGGUGAAAAGGAAUGUCAUUUUUAUCUGU